CAUACCUCUGUGAGUCGGUCUUUAGAUACAUUCCCUGUCUACAUCAGUAGCUGUGAUAUCUCCUUCUUCUCUACUCUCCAACUUUGUCGGAUUUUACUUCUCUCAGGGCUUUGUGUAACAUAUAACUCCCAUCAUGGACUACGAUGAGGAACCAAGAGAUGAGACCCAAGAAACAAGUGGAGAUGGUAAUGAAGCCAGACUAGCAAUGGAGGAGGCCGCCAGGAAGAAAAAAGAGAAGGUGGAAAGCGAGAUCGCAGAAUAUGAAGAGACGAGGAGGGAACAGCGUGAAAAGGAGGCUGAGGACCUGGAGCAACUUCGUCAGAAGCGGGAACAAAGAAAGCAGGAGCGGUUAGAGGAAGAUCGACGACUUUUGGAGAUCAGGAAAGAGGAGGACAAACGCCGCAAGGCCGAGGAGGAGGAAAGGAAACGAAAGAAACAAGAGGAGGAGAGGAAAAGGAUCGAGGCUAAGAAAGCCAAGCUAAAGGAAAUGGAGGAGAGAAAGAAGAUGUCUAAAACACCCAACUUUGUCAUCACCAAGAAGGGGGCUUCCAACCUGGAGGAGGCCAGUAAGGACAUGGCUAAGUCUAAAGAACAGUUGGAGGAGGAGAAGCGUGCCAUUCUUGCCCAGCGCAUCCAGCCAUUGAGUGUGGAGGGACUCGAUUUGGCUGCCCUGGCUGAGAAGGCAACUGAGCUUCACAACAAAAUCAAGAACCUUGCCAAUGACAAGUAUGAGCUGGAGGAGCGCUUCAAGAGCCAGCAAUAUGAUAUGAUUGAAUUGUCUGAGAGAGCUAGGCAGAUGAACAAGGGAAAGAAGAGGGCUGUCCAGGUCGAUGACUCAUUUGAUCCCAUGGCAGAAAAAUACAGCAGCGCUCCCCCUAAAGUUCAGAUGUACAGCAAAUAUGAAAGACACACUGACCUUAGAUCAUAUGGUACCAGGGUAGAUUAUUUCGAAACAAAAGCCAAACAAAUAGAAGCUGAAUUGGCAAUUGGUAGGAAACAUGAGGAUGAAAUCCUCUUGGAAUCAGUGGAAGAUGCGCCAGCGCCUACAGAACCCGCAGCUGAGGGCGAGGCCGCACCUGCCGCCGCCGAGGAGGAGGAAUAGAGGUCAUGAAGUCAAGGUCAUAGCCUAGGAGGUCAACAGAACGAGUCAUAGAUGUUGAGAAUAAACAACAGUGUAUCAUUGCCGGAGGGUGUGUUACAGGGUGUAGCUUGUGACGGCAAAUGUGUGUGAUGUCAUCCUAGUCACCAUAGUAACGACUACUGUUGUCGUUAGCAACAGUGAAACAUUUGUUGUCAGUAGCAACAGUGAAUUUUUCAUUCAUUAGUUUACCCAUCAUUAUGGUAGUAUUGCAAAGAACUCCAUGUCAGAAAAAUAAAAAUUAUCAUUGCCUGAACCAACAACUACCACCAAAUAAAGACAAAACCUUUUCCCUUGGCCAUAAGUGUAUAAAGCUUGUAAUUUUUUUUUUCCACUAAUUUAAUUAAUUUCAGUAUUUUGUGCAGUAGAUAACUCUUGAAAGUUCUUGAUUAUACCUUCCUUUACUCUCAAAAAAAUGAAUAGCGGCUCCUCAGAAAUUGGAAGGCAUACUUAGAACUUUUAUAUUUUCGGUUGUAUAUUUUUUCUUUCCAUAAUUUGCCCAUUUUAUACAGACCAUUUAUACAGUACGGAAAGAUCAUGCACACACGACAUACCUAUCGUUGGAACUGGUGAGGUCAGUUUGUACGCAGGUGGCCUUCCAGAACUGCGAUGGUUUAAAAUGUGUUGUAUAUCAGAGGAUAGUCCCUUUAGUUUUUAUAUCAAAACUUGUACUGAGAAUAAAAGGCUUGGCUAUCCCUUCAUA